AUGGAUUCAUCCAUCAGUCAUAAGACAUUGACUGACGGGGAGACACUCCCCAACGAGUCUCGUUCAUCAGUCUUUGAUAGUAUUAUGGAGAUGAUAUCUCAUGUACCAUUUACUGCAGAUACUCCCACAGCUGACUUGUGUUUACUUUUGCCUGCAUUCAGUAAUCCAGUCUAUCCACCACUUCAUGCCCAGAAUUCAUCUCAAUCAGAUUUUGAAACUGUUGCUCCUUUUCUGCAAUCUGUACAACUGAAACCCAUCAAAUGGCGUACUACAGAGGACAUGGCUGGUCAGGCUAUAUCAACCUCGACUGCUCGUGGUAUUAUAACUGACAGGCUUGUAUUCGACAAUCAAGCCCAUACCAAUUCAUCUGCCAUUGCUGCUGAACCACCACAUUUAUCAGCAGCACAACAACUAGCCAUCUUAAAUGAUUCGACUCUUUCGUUAUGUGCCCGUUUGGAUGAGCGCGAUGGGGUUGAUUACACCACGUAUACAUCAUGCGUUAACAAAACCGAUUGCAAUCAGAUAUUAUCCAAAUGGACUGCUCCCCUAGCAGUCACCACUUUACCAGUUUUAUCUUCAAAUAAUUCAUUACCACCUCUACCAACCACCAAUUUACAUCCAGGCCCUAUUUCUGAAAAUCAAUCUUCAAACAAUCUCUUGCCAGAAAAAUCAGAUCGUGCCAAAACUCUUAUUCAUCCUGCACCAGAUACUGACGAAUCACUUAGAGAUCAGAAACGUGUACGAGUUUCUCAGCUGAUAGAUGUACCAGAUGCUUCAGAGUCUUCAUUAUCGUCAUUUCAAGAAAUGGGUGUUCCCACAGAACCCAUAUUGCUAGAUUCAGAAACAUGUAAUUUAUCUUUCAAAGUGUCUAUCAACGCCACUUCUGAUAACAAGAAUUCCACAUUGGAUACCCCGUCUUCAAAAAAAACAUUGAGUUCUUAUUCAACAGAAACUGACAAAAGUCCGUCCAUUGAGUUUCAUAAUCCUCUCGAGAUAGUUUCUCGGCUUAUUUUGAAUACUAUUUGGAUGGAUACACACAGAUCUAUGGAUACCAUAAACACUGCAGUCACUGACUUUGAUGCCGCUCAAUACGCAAAAAUAUCAAGAUAUCUUUCUAAACUACUUCCUCGAAGUAUAGCGGCAUUGUUGAAGCGGCUUGAUUCUGGCGAAAAUAAUGAGCGAGGAGUGGAUACGCUUGCCCAGUUUAUAGAUAUUUCACAUCGUAGUAUACUAUUUUCGUCUCACGCUAGUCUAUUUGCCUCUAGUGGGCACACCUCCAUAUGCGUUGAUGCUAUGAGCCAAUUUGACACCAAUUCCGCUUUUUCGUGGGAUGUUGCACUAGCUCAAAGUGGCGAUGUAGAUAUGCUAGAGUCGACAGUACUGUCUUUUAUGCAUCAUAUUCACUCUACAUUAUCUGCAGCAAGCAUUGUGCUUCAAGUUUUUUCAUCUGAACUUGCACAUCAAAAUAUAGUUUCUGUUGACGGUUUAAUCUCAAACAGAGAGACUCAAUCCCGAUUUUGUCGUGAGGAGCUACUUGUAUCCUGCAUUGAUGUUUUAAAAUCUCAGCUUUCUAAUACAAUUGUUCAAGCCAUUAGUUUGAUUUUGAGCGCGGAAGAUCGACCGUCAGAUAAAAAAAUACAACAGCGCCGUAUUUUACUACUUACCAGUGCCAAGGAUAUUUUUUUGCAAAUAUCUCUCAAAAUUUCAGAAUGCUUUGAGCUUUUAUGCAUCAUUGGUACAUCUACAAUCAUGAACAGAGAGGCUAUUCUUUCCCUUGUUUAUUCGCUUAUUCCACCAUUUUUCAUUGAAGCCUCUGCGUUUGAUGGCGAAAUUGGAUUUGAUCAUAUUCUUGUGCAGUCAACGCGAUUGCUUUCUCUUAUUUUUUACAAAUAUCCUCAUCACCGCCAAGUUAUUCUUGAAGAAAUCAUGUCUCAUUUUUCCAAAAUUUGCACAACCACCAAAAAAAAUCAUCGCAGUUUCCGACUUGUAGAUGGCAAACUUAUUAAUGUUGUGACAUCCUUAUUGAUGAAUUUGCUGCAGAGUUGCGGAUCCAUGCUAAAUCUUUCUACCGACUAUUCAGAACUACUGUCGGCAGAUAGUCAAAUUGAUGGGGCUGCCGCUUGCUCUGUACAAUUUGCAAAUACUACUAAAAUGACUGAUUUGGCUCUUCAUCAAAUAUACCAAGUAGUUCAUUCUUCUAAUGCAUAUAUUACAUUUAUCAUCAAGUAUCUUCUCAGUCGGUGUGUAGUUUCUGCAGACGAUAAAGAGUUUUCCAAACAAGAAACUCGAAAACGUGCUGGCUCAUUAGAAUCGGAAUACUGUACUGUUUUCGAUAUGUUUUUACGCGAUCUACUUUCUGUAGUCGGCUCUCCAGAAUGGCCUAUUGCGGAAGUCUUGGCUCAUCGCACGACAAGCAUUAUAAUCCAAAUGUUUGACGAUUCAUUCAAGUAUGCAGAUUCUGUUGUUUUACGCGUUAUUGGUCUUGACUGGCUUGAAAACUUUGGUGCGUUUACAGCCGGGCUUCUUACUCAAUGGAAUAGGUUUAAAACUGAGUCCGGGCUUUCUGCCAUUCCUUCAAUGAAUCCAUCUGCUGAAGAUAUUCCGCGACUUUUCCAGUUGCAAGGAGAUUUGCUAAAAUGGCAAUCGUCUAGCUGUUUACAAGAUUCAAUGGCUAUUGAUAGUUUAGUUAAAUAUACAAUAAGCAAGUGGGUUACUGCAGCUUCCACUCCUACAUUUUCAUUCCCCAAGCUGGACUCUAUAAAUGCAUUUUCCAAACAAAUUCUUGUCUCGCACUUUGCACACUUGACAGCAACUUCAUAUACACUGAAUAAUUCUGCAGUGUUGAGUACUAGAAACAAUGCCGAGUUUUUGUCAAGUCAUCUCAUGAUCACUCAGAACAAGUUUGACGUUCGGGACGCAAUUCUCCACUGUAUCUGUAGUUGUCUAAAACUUGAUUCUGUGAUUCUUCGUACAAGAUCGCUCAAGGCACUGCAUGAAAUAUUGAAACGUGAUUCUUCAUUGCUACUUGCUGCAAAUAUUCACAAUGUGAUUCGCGAUCGAUUAAUGGAUUCAAGUGCCAAUGUGCGCGAUGCAGCGAUUGAUUUGUUGGGAAGCUAUGUUUUCGUUGCAGGAAGUGAUUCUUUAAAACUGUACUAUCCUGUUCUUUGUGAUAGGGUUAUGGAUGUGAGCCCGGCCGUGAGAAAACGAAUUCUUCGACUUUUCAAAAAUAUUUACCAGACUACUCUACAUUCAGUAUCUGGAGAUUUGACUAUUGAACAAAAAGAAAUUGUUGUUGAUAUUGCGUUACGAAUUAUUGGGCGUCUCCACGAUGAAGAAAGUGUUGCAGACCUUGCAUCUAAGAUUCUUUGUGAGUUUUGGCUCCAAACAGCUCAAGGCUGUGAUUUGUCUACCAUUUCAGACUGGCAAUCUCUACCAGAGCAGAGCAAGCACCAUCUUCAAAAAAAGUGCAUAGUUUUUUCCUCUGUGGUGAGCAAGUCGAGCGCGUAUUCUUUGCUCGUUGGAGAACUUUUAAAGUCGACUGUGAAGUCAACCAGUGAAAAACCUCAAGCCAUGACACAAUUACGCUCUCACAUGAAUGGACUGAUCUUGUGUUUAAUGGAUCAGCUUUUGCUGUAUUAUGAAAAGUCACAAAUCAACAACAUUUCUUUCAAUUUAGCACUUUUGUUACGACUGAGCGAUGUUGUGCCUGACCUUGUUUCUCCCCAUUUGUUUACCUUAUACCCAUUUUUGAAACCAUCAAAGUCCACUGUACCUGCCGAAAUUCAGCAAGAGCUAGCAAUUACCCACCAUGUUUUGUCUAUAUUUAUGAAUGUGCUUCCCAUGGUCAAAAACGUAGAUCUUGCGCUCGUCGAAAGUAUUGAAACCGAUUUAUUGCAACUUCUAAACAAGAGCUCCCAGAAUAUUCUUCAAGCAGCUGUUCCAUGUCUUUGUAUAAUUGUUUCCAAGCAUACUCGUAACGUUUCCAAAAUUGUUCGAGUCGUGACAACGUGCUACUCUUUAUUGGAAAAAUCUAAAACGCAGUAUUUGACAUCAAAAACUUUGCCUCCAACUUCAGUUCGAAGUAUUUGGAGAUGCAUGAUUUUGUUGUCACAAAUAAUGCAACACUAUGACUUUUCUAGUCAUCAUACUGAUUCAAAGUAUAUUAUUCCAGAGAUUGAGAUGAUUGCCAAAGGAUUGCCGGUGAUUUGUGCUGUAUAUGACUUGAUUAUGUUUUUCAUCGUGCAAGUUAACAGUGCGGAUACCAACCUAGUUGCUCUUUCUUGUCUUGGUAGUUUGUAUCUUGCCCAUUCGACACUGCUAAUGAACGAACAAACUGUUGCAGUUUUUACUCGUGUGUUUUCUGGCAAGGCUACAAAAGAAAAGCGACAGUUACUCAUGAUACUAAAUGAAUAUUUUGAGCGAGAAAAAAGUGCUGGGUUGACCGACUCUGCAUUAGUUCUUGAUUCAGUGGAUAAUGCUACUCAAAAGACACAAGAGUUAAAAUCUCAGGUGCCCACCAAAAUCGAUAUGAAGAUUUUGGUUGGUAGUGCAGACGAAUUUGCCGAAGCUGGUGUAGCAAGUUCUGUUGCUCAGCGAUUCCUUGGCAAUAUUAUCGAUUGUCUUGUUUGCGGGGACGUUCAGCUACAAACGCUUGCGUUUCAAACUCUUGCUCUUAUUGUUGAACAGGGUUUUGUGCAUCCUAUUUUGGUUGUACCAGCUAUUGCUGCAAUCGCUUCAUCUGAUUAUUCAGUGCUCGCCAGUAAUGCACUUUCUAUGCAUCAAAAAUUAGCAAAUAAGCAUGCAUCCUUUAUCCAUAGUAAGAACAUGAGUGCGGUGAGAUGCAUUUACGAGUUUCAUGCAUUGCAAUCAUGUAAAGAUGCAGAGUAUACACGGGGAUAUGUUUACAAGCCUACAUCGACAGAAACUGACGUUGCCUUGCAUGCCUUUGCAAGAAUUGGAAACUUGUAUGCAUUGGUACAGCCUGUUCGAAUCAAACGAAAUGAGUUUUUGCGAGCCAUCGUUCGUGUUUUUGAAGGAUCCAAGUCAGAUAUGUCGAUCGAGCAUGUCAGAUAUCAAAUAUUCAUAUCUGAAAACUUGGCACAUCUUGAUUUCAAAACAUUUGACGAAGUACUACUGGUGAUACACUGCAUUACGCGAAUCUUAUCAAUCAGUGGCGAGUCUACUAUGGAUACUGUACGAAAAGUAUUGUCUGAUAGUAAAGAUAUAUCAACAAAAGGCUUGAAAGUGCUCAUGUAUCGAGCACUCGGCGUUGGGAUAAUGACACUAACAAAGCAUCAUCUUCAACAGCGAUACCAAUUAUCUGAAUCACGGUGCAGCAUGUAUAUUCCUACAGCCACGGCAUCUAAAUCAUCGGAGAAGCAGAUUGUUGAUUCUAUGAUGUCAACACCCAUCAACUGGGAGCUACUGUUAAUUAAACCCAUAGCGGAAUUGGGAUGUAGCGACCAAGACGAACUCUUUCAACAAUGUAUCAAGGUGAACUCGGUUAUAUCUACUUUGGGAAAUGCCGCGAGUGAACAAACGUGUGAUAAUAUUUUGAAAUCAAAGAAUGCAUCGUAUGAAUGUGCACACUCGAUCAAGAUGUCUCAAGACUCUGAACCGCAUGAUGCUUCGGGCGAGCUGUCUAUUUUGGCAUCGCCUAAUUCCAAGAGUUUGAUAGCAUCUACUUUGAAGGAUCAUCAAAACCCGGCACAGAACAAUAUAAAUGUAGCGACAGCUUUAAUAGAUACACCUGUUGUGGAAGUAGACGAGCUUCUAGAGUCGGGUUCAAGCACACAGCUAUUGCAUCGCCAAGCUCAUGUAGGUUUGAAGCAGCGAAAGUCGGGAUUUACACAUACUGAUUUGGACAAGAAAUCAAAUGCAUUUCCUAUUCCUUGCAAAUCAUAUUAUCAGCCGCCUAGCAAAAACGCUUCUGCCAAAACGGGAUCCCAUAAAGAUAUAUCUAAUGCAAAGAAACGCCAGCGCAUGAUUGGAAGCUAA